AUGGUUGAACAAAACCCACGUCAAAGUAUCACAGAAAUGUCUCCGGCACUUGGUGUCGGUAUUGCAACGGUCUCACGCAAUCUUCUGAAGAUUGGCAAGUUGAAAAAGCUCGAUAAAUGGGUACCGCAUGAGCUCAAUGAAAAUCAAAAAAAUCGACGUGGUCCAAUUCUGCUCCACGAUAAUGCAAAGCCACAUGUUGCAAGAAUGACUCUGCAGAAGCUCACAGAUUUGGAUACGAGACUACCACAUCCUCCACAUUCUCCUUAUCUUUCACUCACUAACUACCAUUUUUUAAAGCAUUUAAACUCGUUUUCAAGUGAUAAAACUUUUAGAUCCAAACCAGAGGUGGAAUCAGCUUUCAAAGAUUUCUUAGCAUCAAAGCCAAUAAGUUUUAAUCAACGAGGCAUAAAUAAUCCCCUUGAUCGAUGGCAGAGGUGCAUAGAGGUUCACGGCUCAUACUUUGACUAA